AUGUCGCCCAUGUACGUGGUGUUGCGGAAGAUGAACGUCCUGCGCGGGUCGAAGCCGAAGGCGAUGAUGUCCUUCACGUUCUCUCCAGCCAGCUCCUGCGCCGCCACCCCGUCGAUGGGGAUGUCGCGGAAGAAGAACUUCUCAUCGUCGGUGAUUUGUAUCACCACCGGCAGCCCGAGGGCGUCCUGCAGGUGGCGCGUCAGCAGGAACGGCACGACGUGGCCGACGUGCAUCGACCGCGCACUCGGGCCGCGGCCGGUGUACAAAUACGCGCUGUGUUUGCCGGGCGCGAACCCCGCGCGAACGCUGCCGAGGGCCUUGCCGAAGUCGCGGUGCGAGAAGACAAUGCCGCGGCGAAAGAAGUGA